AGGGAGCUGUGGGUGAGUAACAACCAGUUGGUUGGUUUACCUACCAGUAUACAGAGGCUGACCAAGCUUAAAUGGCUGCAGUUGGAUGGAAAUAAUCUAACUGAACUACCUGCUGAGAUUGGUGACCUCAGGGAGCUGAGGGAGCUGUGGGUGAGUCACAACCAGUUGGCUGGUUUACCUACCAGUGUACAGAGGCUGACCAAGCUUGAAAGGCUGUACUUGGAUGGAAAUAAUCUAACUGAACUACCUGCUGAGAUUGGUGACCUCAGGGAGCUGAGGGAGCUGUGGGUGAGUCACAACCAGUUGGCUGGUUUACCUACCAGUGUACAGAGGCUGACCAAGCUUGAAAGGCUGUACUUGGGUGGAAAUAAUCUAACUGAACUACCUGCUGAGAUUGGUGACCUCAGGGAGCUGAGGGAGCUGUGGGUGAGUCACAACCAGUUGGCUGGUUUACCUACCAGUGUACAGAGGCUGACCAAGCUUCAAAGUCUGCACUUGAGUAACAAUAAACUAACUGAACUACCCGCUGAGAUUGGUGACCUCAGGGAGCUGAGGCAGCUGAGUGUGAGUAACAACCAGUUGGUUGGUCUACCUACCAGUAUACAGAGGCUGACCAACCUUAAAUGGCUGCACUUGGAUGGAAAUAAUCUAACUGAACUACCUGCUGAGAUUGGUGACCUCAGGGAGCUGUGGUGGCUGACUGUGAUGCGUAAUCCUUUAACUGUUGACGCAAUGAGACGUGCCUUAAAGUUAAAGAAAAAAGGAGUACGUGUAUAUGAUGAUGCAGGUAAGCACAGCGGAUAUUGUAGUUAUUUGAAAGUUCGAAAAAAACCGAGAUAAAAUUCCACUAUUUGCCUGGGAAAGGGAAGUCAUUUUUUUUUUUCAGUUAUCGGGGGUUUCGCGAAUUUUUGGGUUUGAUAAAUCAAGAUAUGCUACAAACUGUACUUUCAAAAUCAAUGAUAAGUUUCUUGUACGUAUUAAUUCAUUUUAAUUAAUUGGUCUGUUUUAAAAUUUCAAAUCGGCUGUGAAAAAUAGCUAUUAUCCAGGGUAGGGUAAUAUCUAAGGUUAUGAACACUAAACAUUGUAUUCCAUCACUCCCUUACUAAAUGACUCACAAGUUGUGUUUUCACGAACUUUCGGAGGGAGAGAAGCGACGACCGGAAAUACGUCUGCUGUUUGCAGGUGGUGUUUCUAAAACGAAGACCUAAGACCUCGUAGACUAAAACGAAGACCCUUGGACUAAAACGAAGACCCACUGGACUAAAACGAAGACCCCUUGGACUAAAACGAAGACCCCCUGGACUAAAACGGAGACCCCUGUGGAUUAAGUGUUGUGGAAUUUCCUCUGCGCUAUUUAAUUGUGAUAAUGAAGUCUAUCACUUACCGUUUCUUCGAUCGACGGCUAAGAAAAUAUAACCGCGUGCUCUAGCGUUCUAAAAUGUCGAGCAAUUGUAUCGAUCAAUACGUUUACAAAAGAAAAUAACCGACGUAGGGAGAAAAUAACAACGAGACAUUUAACAUUCAUGAAUUCAAGGAGAGGGGAACCUCGCGCUCUUUUUAUUGCUUUUUACCUCGUCAAUAAGAAAAAAAGCCGUCGAUCGAGAACACCAUUCGAGUAAAGGUGUACAUUUCGAGUUUCAUGUAAGCAUGGUUCAUUUGUAUAUAUGCCGGGUUAUAUUUAUAACCCUGUUACUUUAUUCUGACCUCUACUGUUAAAAAAUGACUCAUCUUUUACGGCUCAAGCAGAUGUUAUAAUGAUAACUGUGGUAAAAAAUAAAAGAAAAAAAAAAGGAAAGGAAGAAAAGUACAUCGGUUCGGAAAGAUUCGAACCCGUUACACUUUCGUCGCGCCCACAGGCGUUACCAACAGGAUACGAAGGCUUUCUCGAACAGAUGAUGUGAGAAAUUUUUCCUUAAACAAAACUGUUUUCGAAGAAACUUGUAAAGUGACACAUGGAAACACCUUUUGAAGAAAAGGUAAGUGAUAGACUUCACUAUCACAAUUAAAUAGCGCAGAGAAAAUUCCACAACAUUCCCAAAUCGCCGUAACAAAUUACGCAAGAAUUUAAAAUCCACAUGGGUCUUCGUUUUAGUCCAGGGGGUCUUUCUUUUAGUCCAGAGGGUCUUCGUUUUAGAAACACCCUUUCGCAGGCUAGUAUUUCUUCGGGGAGGGAAGAAAUACGAGCUCUCCUAGAAACGCCUGCGGGGGAGGCUAUGUUUUCACUGUGGUCGAUUUGCUGCUGAGCGGGUGUUUGUUGACAUACCGACGAUUGCUAGCUUUUUUCACUUUUAAAUUUAGCUCGGAAGAACUCAGAGGAUUCAAAUUUAAAAAGCGUGCCACAUUUAAAAAUGUUAGGAAACGAAGCGCUUUGAAUGUGUUUUCGUUUAAUGAUUCUCGCUAUUUUAUGAAUGCAGUUGAAUAGUGUCUCUAAAGAGUAAGAGGAUAGGAAGUAAUGUUAUAAUCCUGUUUCAAAAUGUAACAGCAAAACAGCAAUAAUUACCGUAAAGUAGCGUGGGUUUAACCCGCCGUGGCAAAUCGAUGAAACUCGUUGAUCGAAAUAAUGGAUUCUAUUCGAUUUUAAACGAUAGUAAUUAAGCGAUUGAUAUCGGUAAGCGAUAAAUAUCGAAGAUCGAAAGAGUUGUGAGUAUCAAUUUUUGUGAAUUUUUAUCAAUUUUCAUCCAUUUUAUAGAUUGUCAAUUGUAACCCUUAAAUAAUGAUUUCAGAUACGUUUGCGCUACCACUGGCUACGAAUUAGUAAUUAAAAGUCUUACCUUUUAAUUGUCGAUUUAUUCAUCGAGGACAAAAGAUUGACCCGUCCUUAUUGUAAAUGGGCACUGUUGGAAGCCCUUCACUACAGCCUCUAGUAAAAUGUUCAUUAAAUUCGCCGGUCAUUUGGCAGGUGUCUGUCACAACGCGCAACGCGAUUGGCUGCGGUAUUUAUCAGGACAAGUUUUACCAUCUCGCGAGGUUGUCUAACUUUGCGUAAUUUUUCGGUCAUAAAGCCGAAAAAACAGUGAGCAUGUUUAACUCGCUAACACAAGACGAGGUGUUUUGACUGUAUUUCUGGACUUUUCUGGCUUUAUCUAGCUAAAAUUAUCUCAGUGAAAACACAACCGCAGAGUCUUAAAGCCAUUUUUCACUUAAUGGAUGAUGUAAUAUUAUAAUGUUAUAAUUAUGGAAGUUUGGCCGCUGAACACUAUACGUAUUAAAUAGAAAAAAAAUAUUGUUACAGAACAAUAAACAGACCGUUAAGGAUGAAGAGUUUUGAGCUGUUCAGUAAGCUCGUUGUUCACGUUUCAAAUUAGAAAAGGUGGCUUGGUUUGCUGUGUUUAAGCCUGAGAAAGCACUUCUCGUGAUCUAAACUAUAACUGGUCUGAAAUUUGUUAUACCAUUUAACAAAGUUAUAAGUCACACUUAGCUUCACUUAGGUUUGUUUUGCAAGUUAGUUUUUGUUGUUUUCCCUGUCAGCAUGUACGGUAAUAGUAAGUGAAUUGCCUAACCCCCCCCCCCCCCCCCCCCCCCCCGAAAUGGACGGCCAGGUGUCUUGCCUUUCACCUGAAACCUGCCCAGCACGUAGCCUCCAGGAUCACUAAGGUAACCAAAGCUUCCCACCACUUCAAAAGCAUAAUACUUAGAGAGGAGGAAACAAACUACAGGAGAAUUUAAACAAAAGACAAUGCCAUUAAAUUAUUUAGCGUAAUGACUCGAUUUAGCGCCCGGAACGCUUAUAUACUUAUUGUUUCUCAAAUGAGAGCGCUUAUUCGAAACAGGGCGUCUAUUUCUUUGAGGUUGCGAAGCAAAACUCUCGAACCAUAAAACAGGGGCAGGGCACCGUAUGAGCAAUGAUUAGCAAAGGUCUACGAUCAUGGCUCCUUCUGGCAAUCCCUUGAUUUGGAGUUCGAAGCUUGUUUAUGAAGGGGAAUUCUCGUCUGCUAUACGAGUUCAUCAUGUCUACAAAGCGACAUGGUCUCCAACUAAGACUCAAAUUCCAAGCUAUCAGUGACAUUCAACGCUUUACCCUUCCAAUCCUUCCGACAAAUAAUAACAACACCACCACCGAUCGGCGAGCCAGCUCGAUCUUUGCUCACCAUAAUAUAGCCCUCUGGCCAAUUCGAAUGUGACAAGAUUAUAAUUCUAGUUAAUUCUCAACCAUGACUCCGAAGCAAAACAGUCCUCGAAUAAGAGGGGUCCCUCGAAUAAUCGCCACCUUAGACCGAAAUGUUUAAAAUAAUCGCCUCCCUCCAGUAAUCGCCCACUCCCACCCCUCUCGCCAUCUUCUCUUUCUUUUAUCCCCUCCCUGUCAAGCUGCAGUGGAGAAUGAUCCAACAAUAUUGCCACAGUAUAGACUAUAAUGGUUUCGGGGUUUUGAGAGGCCAGCGGCACAUACCUAACAAAAAUUAACCCAAGUCCCCCCUGGGUUGGAACGAGGGUGCUUAUGCAAUAGGGGUACUUAUUAGAGAGUGAGCGCUUAUUGGAACGAAGUAAGAUUGUUGAUGUUCAGAAUAAUUGUAUCUUUUAGAGGGACAGGUAUUUCACAUGAAUACAAACAACACUUAUAAUUCUGGUGAUGAAAACACAACACUAAUUUUUACGCACCAUUUAUGGUGUAUUGAACAUGCAUGGAGACUUGAAGUAAGCGUAGUAAAAAACAAGUUUAAAAUAGCAGGUGGAUUGUUUAACAGUAUCAAAAAUAACCAACAUUUAAUUAUAUCUGUCACAUGCGAAAUUCAGUAAAAUUAUGUUUACCAUAGAUUUGGUUUAAUAACUUAAAAGACUAUACUGAAAGAUCACAAGAAGGACAAUUAACACUGGUGAAGGACUAAUUCUCCCCCCUUGACCUCCUAGGUCAGACAAGUGAACUAGAAGCCAAUGAAAUACGCAACCUCUAAGACAUUACUUACAUUUAAUAAGCAUCCUUUUUUUUCACUAGCUCCUUUAGAAAUAGAAGCACGCGGAGAAAAAGCUCAGCUCGCUUAUCAAAGUGCUCUGAAAGAUGGAGCUGUUAAUAUUUACCGUGGUCGAGUAUUGCUUAUUGGGCAGGAUCGGGCAGGAAAAACAAGUUUGAAGAAGUCUCUCAUUGGUCUACCUUUUAAUUCAAAAGAAAAAAGUACUGAUGGAAUUGAAGUGGAUCCCUCAAAAUUUCGGUUGGACUUUGAUGAAGUCAGGAAUUGGCAACCUAUUGAUGCGAGAAAACAAGGUUUGCUAGGAUGUUCGAAAGAUGUGGCACAGGUGGUGGUCGAAAAGAUUCAUGACAUUUCAGUUAACCGUGAUUUGGUUCAGGAGGAGGAAAGAGGUGAUGUAAUUCUUCAAAAUGAUGAUAACAAGAGUAGGAAACAGGUUGGUACUGAUGCAGAAAACGAAGAAGUUUCUCUUGUGAACCAGGUUAGUCUUUCUUGGUUUUGAAAUGUGAUGUUUUUUCGUGAAUCCUCCGUGACUUCAAGAACGUGUUAACAGUAAUUAUUAUGAAUUGAAUAUCGCCUUCAUAAAUUAGGUUUUAGUGAGGAACUCGCCACGGCUUCCCUGUCCUUUCCUACAAUGUCCAUGAGGAAAAUAUGUAAUAAUUGCCAGAUCGUUUUUUUUUUAGUGGCGGUUAAAAAUUUAGCGUUUUUAUACUUGUCUAGUAAUUUCAGUUCCAAGUGUAGAAUGAUACUACUAGUGUUUUGUUUUAUGUUGUACCCAUCCACACGUAAGCUUAGCGUUUGGGUCAUUAGUGCGUGUGUGCAAACCAAAGUGAGUUUAGCAGUAUCUUUAUUAAUUUUAUACUUUUAAGUGUUAAUUAGGCCCUGAGUAUAGCUUUGUUGUUUUUAAUCACAAUUUCGCUAUUGUUUUCUUUUUUAUGCGAGGCGCAAAGACAAAGGGCUGGGGGACUCUAUCAAAUAUUUUUUUCUAUAUAUUCUUAAAUUUACUGUUAAAAAAUGCAAGAACGUUGUAAUGUUGUGGAUACCUCAUGCCUCCAUGCAAUAAUCGUGCCUCCAUGUUUAAGUCUACAAAGAAUUUUCUAUCAUGAAAAACAACUUUAAAUGGCUGAAUAAUCGAAUCGGGGGGUGAAGAGAAAUAAUCAGGUGUUCAUUAUGUCAAUAUUUCAGCUGGAAAAUUUUCGUUAUUCCAUUAUUCCAGAAAAAAGAACUCAUUAUUCCGUUGAAAAAAUCUGCAUAUUCCAUUAUUCCGCGCCACAAAAUGGCAUUAUUCCAUUAUUCCAACUAAACGAUUUCCGUCAUUCUUACUCUAUUAUUCUUUUUCACACCCCAAAAUUGUCUUUCAGAAUCCGAAACAACAGUUAUAUUGUUUCUUUUUUUAUACUCUUUUACAGGAAGGUGAUCCAAACGAAGACGGUGUUAAUGAACUCACAUUAACAGGACCUGAUCAUGAGUUAGUGGUUGAUACUACUUUACGUCCAGACGAGAUCCCUCCAGGGGAGAUCAAGAAGCGAGCUGUAAAGUUGAUAAAGGAAUUAAAAGGUGAAGAUGUUAAGGCUGAAGAAUCUGUUGUCAGUAUUGAACUGUGGGAUUUUGCUGGACAACACCUGUAUUAUGCAUCCCAUCCUGUAUUUUUAUCAUCACGUGCGCUGUACAUCUUGGUGUGCAACCUCAGCAAGUCACUGCAUGAGCCAGCCAAACCCUGUGUGAGACAAGGAUCUCGUAAUGUUGAUUUGGAAAACCCCAAUGGAGAAACAAAUCUUGAGAACUUGUUGUCCUGGCUGUCCACAGUGCAUAGCGUCGCACAGAUGAGAAGAGAAACCUGUGAUGAUGUAGAAGAAGAGGUGCCUCAUUUGCGCCCCCCAGUGAUCAUAGUAGGAACCCAUGCAGACAAACCAUUUGAAAACAUUGAAGCAAUGAAAACAGAAAUCCAGAACGCAAUUGCUGGUAAGGACUAUGAAGGACAUGUGGUGCGGUCUAUCUUUAGCAUUGACAACACUGCGAAGUUACUUCAAAAUAAGAUCAGAAAUGUUUUUAGGGAAGAUGAAAACAUUGAUGACAUCCGAGCUCUACGGGUCAAAAUCAUGGAAGUGCUAAGACAGGAGCCUUACAUUGGGGAGAGGAUACCUGUGAGGUAAAUAACGCCUUUAUACAAGAACACAAUCCAUUAACAUUAAUAAUAAUUUCAUCAGUAACUCAUGGACUCUGACGUUAUACUAAAGCGUGACCACAAACAGGGUGUUACGAAAACUAAGACCCUCGAAAACUAGGACCUAAAACACUUAAAAGACCCGUCUUAGUUUUCGAGAUUAUACGAAAACUUAGACGCCCUAAAAUGCGAAUCCGUCGAAGUAUGAAAUUAAGUUAAAACCGAAGUUGAGGUAUAAUCUGUCAAAUUAUCUUCUGUUCGAUCCUUUCCACGUAGUUUUAGGUGAAAUUCAGUCGAACCUGAAUUACAUGGUUUCCUUAUGUUAAUUAACCAGAAGCUGUUCAUGUGCUAGGAAAUGACAGUUUUUCCCCGUAAGUGACGGGCUAGAAUUCACCAGCCUCUAGGCCUUAAGCGGAUAUUUUGGCUCGGUGUUAGGAAAACUAAGACCCUCGAAAACUAAGACCAAAGACCCCCUAAAAUCGAAUCCGUCGAAGUAUGAAGUCAAAUUAUAACCGUUAUCUUCUAUCCGAUCCUUUCCACGGAGUUUUAGGUCAAAUUCAGCGGUAAAUUUAGGGUUCUUAGUUUUCGUAGUUUCGAAAACAAAGACCCCUGGUAUGUACAUACAUACAUACAUAUUUAUUAAUCCUUAAGUAAAAAAAAACAGUAUACAGGAUGUUAAAAGGUCAAACGCAACAGACAGGAGUACAUGUAAAUACUACAUACAUACAUAGUUUUCGUUAUCACGAAAACUAGGACUCGCACAAAACCAGUCCGUAAAAUAUGUAUGAAGUCGGAUUACGACCGUUCAAAGACUGUAAUCCGUAAAACGUCAGAACACUCGAUCCGCGUCUAAUUUGCAGACAUAUCAGUAUUCAGGCUUCCGUUGCCUGAAUAUCUUCAAAAUCGCUUUCGGAAACGUUACCCCGCUAGGGGGCGGGCACGAAGGGGUUCCUCGGGUAAUGAUUUUUUAGGUGGGUAUGAGCUGCCCGGGUCUCCAAAUUUGGACCUCGUUUUAAAAAGAAUUUGCCUAAAAAUGAUACCCCGUUCUAGAAUUUUAGUAAGUUUCCAAAGCCCUUCCGGCCCUUUUUUGAAAAAAAGAAACAAAGUUAUUUCUAUGUCUGUUCGACUUAACCUUCGACUUCGACUCAAAAUACGACAAUUUCGUCUUUUUCUGUUUGGGGCGCGAAGCGCGAGUGCAGGGUAAACACGUUAUUACGCGACAAUUACAUUACCACGGCCUACGACGCGCAACACAACAGUUUGCUUUUUUUAUUAUUUUGCGUUUUAUGGCUGCUAGCAAUUUGAAACUUUCAUGAAAGGAAAAAAUAUGUAUAACACCGUUCUAAAUCUGGGACUUCCGAAUCAUUGCCCCGUUGAGAGGCACAUACCCGUAUAACUAUUUUGGCGGAGUGCCCCUCUUCCGCUGUCAAACGUUUGAAACCAUUUUCCUUUCAUUUAACGAGAUUUAUUCGCUGUAAGUUAAAACAAGACAAAUAUGCUUUUACUAAUGUCGAAAAUAGGCUCUUUCACUGAAAAUACCCCCUAAUGCCCAAGCAGACUUCUGUUGACAAAUGGCGCGCACAAGUUUCCGGGUCCUAUGUUCAAAUAAACCUUUUCAGUAAACUUUCAACAAAUAUAGUAAAUUGACAGCAGAUUAGUAAUGUAUCAAACUUUAAAUAGUGAAAAUGUCAACCUUAGAUUUUUAGCCGGUAACUCUCUCAGACUAUUUCUCUGUGCCCCCACCUUACCCUAGUCUCCCUCGCAGCCGUUUUUUGGAUGUCACGCAACGCUUCCCCAAAUCUUUUUGGGGAGCAUUGCGUGACAUCCAAAAAACGGCUGCGGGGAAAGCUUACCCUACCCCGGUACUGCCCUUAACUUUUCUCCUACUUUCCAGUGAUCUCCGGGGUGGCAACGAUAAAAAUAACCUCUCGGGAAAACGCCCUUUUUAAGAGCGGUCAGUGUAAAACGCAGACUGCGGACUGCAGACUGCAGACUGCGGACCAGGGGUAAAAUGCAGACUGAGUGUAAAAUGCAGACUGCAGACUGAGAGUAAAAUGCAGACUGGGGUAAAAUGCAGAAUAAAGACUGUAGACUUUUUUAAACAUUUGUGCUCCUUCUUCUCCAAAUCGGUGAAAUAGCUAGCCGGUAUCAGUUACACACUUCGCUUCCUAGUUGAAGUGGAUUGCACAUUCGCCAGAAGUUUCAAUGAAAAUCCGAACAGGUUAAGUCUGUGUACCUUGAUUCGCAAUACUUUCAUAGAAGGUCAUCCAAAUUUCCUGCAGAACAUCUUUCUUUGGUGUUGGAAUGAUUUACUCCCUUUUUAUCAGCAUAAUUCUUCCUGUACAGUAUUUUGGGUCAGCAGCUUCCAUUUAAGCGUAAACAUCCUGGUGUUGUAACAAUUCACGGUCCCUGGUCACGUAUAUCGAAAACUUCGCGUCUAAACUUGAAGCGUGAGGUCUCUCGGACGGAAAAAAGGUUCAAGAUUGCGAUUAUAUGUUUUUGGGUCGUCGACAACGUUCCGGAGAAGAAAGUCCUGAAUAGAUUUGUGAAAGCAGAUGUCGUCAAGUAAGUGUUCGUUUACAUGUAUUUGCGGGAUUUUUUGACCCUUAAACCUUUUCACAACUACAGUUUAUGCUCGGUCUGCAUUUUACCCCAGUCUGCAUUUUACUCUCAGUCUGCAGUCUGCAUUUUACACUCAGUCUGCAUUUUACCCCUGGUCCGCAGUCUGCAGUCUGCAGUCCGCAGUCUGCGUUUUACACUGACCGUUUUUAAGAAUGCCUUUUUGUGUGAUGUUUAACCGAUAACCCAAUUGAUAGACGAAAGCGAUUUUGAUAAUAUUCUGGUAACGCAAUUAGGGUCGCAGCAACAACCCAUGUACAGCGGAAUGAUUUUACCGAUUUUACCAAAGUUAUCGAUAAAUCGGGGUAAGGCAUAUUUUGAGUGUACAAUUUAUACAUACGUAUUCAUCCUUAUGUAUGCCUGAAUUUAUAUGUCUAUAGAUUAGAAGAAGCAGAUUGAGCGGAUGAUAGUUUUCAGUAGUUUUACAGAAUAUAGUCUUUGAAGGGUCGUAAUCCGACUUCAUAUAUAUUUUACGGGUUAGUUUUGUAGGGUCUUUCGUAUCUUUAUGAAACCAUUUUUUGAGUAUAACACUCCGAGGGAUACAAUCAGAAUGAAAGAAAAGUGAUUAAGCUAUUCUUAAAUGCUGUAAUAAAAUUUCCCUCAUUUCAAAGUAAUUCAAUCAAUCAAUGUGUUUUAUUUUCAAAACUAAGUGUUUAUUGUUCAAUUCUAUAAUCUCGGUUAAUCAGCUCAUAACUCGAUAUGACAGGGUCCUUGUUUUCUUAAUUAACGAGACUACGAAAUCUGAGACCCCUACAUCUCCCGCUAAAUUUGACCUAAACCUCCAUGGAAAGGAUCGGACAGAAUAUAAUUUCUGUAAUUUGACAAAUCAUACCUAUCUUCAGUUAUAAUUUGACUUCACACUUCGACGGAAUCAGUUUUUUGGAGUCUUCGUAAUCUCGAAAACUAAGGCGAGUCUUAGGUCUUUGGUCUUAGUUUUCCUAACACCCGGCCAAAACAUCCGCUUAAGGCCUAGAGGCUGUUAAUUGUAGUCUCUCACUCAGGUGGAAAAAAAUAUCAUUUCCUGACAGUCAUUAGACUGUUCAAAGUCCCUUAUUUUUCCGUAAGACCGUCGAGAGUUGAGGGCGGCUAUAUAAGAUAAGUGUCAAAUCUACUUAGGAGGCGGGGAACGGAGGUAUAAUCCCCGACGCUCGCCCACGCGGUACAUUUGAAAAUCAAGAUGGCCGCCAUUAACGGUAAGACGCGCUCGACGAUCUCACGGCAAAAUAGGGGACUGUGAACAGUCUAAGCAGUAAUAAGGAAUGAAUUUCUGCCAUGAUUACAGUAAGUUAACUAUGUAAUGCAGGUUUGACUGGGCUGAAGAAAUAUCCUGCCCUAAAGGGUUUGACAGAAAAAAAUUUUCUCAUUUAGCUUUUAGGAAUUAGGCGAAAAGCACUGUGUGGAUUUCAUUGUCGUUCAAAAAUUUAAAGUGUAGUAAACUUCAUACUCAUGUGGUUUACCAGAACAUCCAGUUAAAGGUCCCUUUAAUGUAAAGGCAGACAGAUCGAUACAGUCAUUUCUUUUAACUGUGUAUACGCUGGGGAAGGCGAGUUUGUUUCAGUCGUUUUUGCCGGGAGUUGAGCUGUUUCCAUAUCAUCAAGAUAUCCGUAAGUUGACUAUAAUUCGACCUUGAUACUAAACAGUGAGUUCAACCAAGGGAAAAUAAAAGCCCCUCUUUCCAGAGUUCUGUGAGGUUGGAGCCACCUUAAUCCAGGGUGACCACUUAACGCUAAUAUAGGCCUUUUGCAAUAGUUGUUAACGUGAUCAACCUUCUGUAAACACGAAAAUAGUUCGCCUUUGGACAAUUUUGAUAGCAGGAACUGAAAGAGCAUGUUAAAAUUAGGUAACCUGUGAAUUUUCACCCGUAUUUCUUAAAAUGGGCGAUUGCAACGGCCGCCGAAAAUAAGAAGGAUUUGUAUGAGAAUUUGAUUUCCGCAGUUCUUAUAUGAUUUAUUUCACAUACAUCUACCACAGAAAAACAGCUCUUGGCACCCAGUCACACUUGAAUGGUUUUCCAUAGAAAUCCUCGUAAAUUUCGACAUUUUUUAACUGUCUUGAAGGCUUUCCCUUACGCAUUUGAGAUCGCCUGUUAUGAAUAAAAGGGAGAUUUGAGCCCCAUAAUGCUUCAGGAAAUAUUUUACGACAGUUUGAAAAUUUCCUAAUUUUCAAGAGUUUAUAUGGAAAACCACUCAAACGUGACUGGGUAGGAAGAGUUGUUUUUCCCUUCUAAUUUUCGGCGGCCGUUGCGAUCGCUACUUUUGAGAUAUACGGCUGGAAAUUGACAGGUUGCCUAAUCUUAAUAUGCUCUUUCAAUUCUUGCUAACAAUUUUGGAAAAAGCGAACUGUCUUCGUGCUUACAGAAAGUUGAUCACGUGAUCAACUAAUGCAAAAGGCCUAUUAACCCUUUAAAGUCCCAAUAGUGCCAAACAUCAAUUUUCUCCUAACGAUAUCCAUACAAUUUCAGGAGAUCAGGUUAUGAGAAUUAAUAAAAUGAUCGCCUUAGAGAAAAUGCUUUGAUCUUUUAUCAGAUUCUCCCAACUCAUUCCUUAAGAAAAUGUAUAGAGAUCAGUAUGGAGAAUUAAUACGUGUAUAUUGGGGCUUAAAGGGUUAAACCUGCUGUCUUAGGUCAGCUUAUUUAAGCUUAUAUUUAUCUCAUUUUUUCUUUAGAAAGACCAUAAAAACUAACUAAUGAAAAAUUUAACUUUGCACAUGACUGCUUAACAAAUUCCCAACGCGGUCUUGGCGACUUUCACAGCAAUUUUAGUCACCAUUUUUUUUGCUAUGGAUGUUCAACGUCAUGUUUUGAAACGUGUGCUCUGUACUGUAGUCUGUACUGUAGUCAGUAUACUGUGCAGUGACAUGGAUACUAUUAGGCGCGCUUCUACGUUUCUCUUUGUUUUUAUAAACUAGAUGGCUGAUCUUUGAGAAGGUCAUCAACGCUUUACUUUCCAAGCCAGUUUAUUACCUGAGUAUAACGAAGCUACGGACCCAUGCCAAGGAGAAGUGCUUCAUCAAUGACCAUGAAGGGUUUACCACCAUGGUGAAUUUCUAUCAUGACCUGGGGAUAAUUAUCAAGCACCGUAGCACAGUCAUCUUGAGUACCCAGUGGCUGAUAGACUUGUUCGGGCAGCUGAUCACUAUUCCAGAUUUUGAGAAAAUUGUAAGAUAUACAUUAUAAACUCGAAUUUAAACUAUGGCAAUGGUUGCAGAAGUAUUUCGGGUCGUCGCUUCCCUCCACUUUUUAGCUGGAGAGAAGCGUCGACCCGAAAUACGUCCACAUUCGCUGGCUAUAUCUAUUGGUAACCCGUGCUGAGAUCAUGGGUUCAACAAAAUCCCAUCCAUGAUGAGGACGUUCAUGUGAUUAGAUGAUCAGAACAAUCUAUCUUUAAAGGUGUGCAAUGGAAGUAAGUAGAAGCAAUUGUGAAAUCAAUGUCAACAUAAUAGGCACCCGUCAUCGUCAAAAUUCCGCUAUGAGUAAUUAAAGAUUGUUUCCCCAAAAGCUUCCCCUCUCAGACGUCUUUAUACCGCAUCACCUGGUGUCCACUAGCAAUGAGAGCUGCUCAUAACCAAUUUACCUGCAAUUAUCCUCAAAUGUAGUCUUAAGGGAAUCUCUCAAAACAAAACAGAGUGGAAAGUAAUUGAUACGUCUUCUGAAACUAGCAACUCUGUGUCGACCAAUCAGAACGCACUUCCAGGUUCUGGAAGUGAAAUUUGGACCGUAAGAAUUUUCCGGUGAGUAAACCAGAUGGAGGAUGCUGGCAUUUACGUGGCGCUUCAACGAGCACUCUAAAGAUUUCAAAUUUGAGGUCUUUUUUCGCCCGCCAGAGAGAUUUUUUCUCAGUUGUACUAUCUAGGCAGUCUUUUGUAACUUCCAUUUUACAUGCGUCCUCACACAAAUCCGCAAAUUUCUUUUAGUAAACUUACUAAAAAUUUAACACUUUAGUAGUGUAAAAUGAUCCUACAAGAAAGCUGUGUUGAAACUUUUUGUGAUCAUUCCUCUUGUUAUUGUCUCUUAGGUCCCUAAGUUUGCAAAGCACUGGAAGGAAGUCGAAGAAAGCGGUGUUCUCAGCAUGGAAUUGCUUGAUCAUGUGUUUUCCAAAUUUCUUCUGAAGGGUGUUGCCAGGAAAGACAUUCUUGAUUUGAUGGAACAAUUUGGAUUGAUUGCAAAAUUUUCAUCUUCAAAAACAGUUGAUAAGUAUUUUGUUCCAUCUCAACUCAAAGCUUCACCUGAUUCCCUUUGUUCCAUGGCGCCCUCAAGGCUGGACCCUUGUCCUCUGUUUGUUUACUUUGUCAGCGGUUCUGUUCCCCAUGGUCUGUUCACUCGGCUUGUUUCUCGAUCUGUCCGUUGGUGUUCUGAAGAUGGUCCAACACAGCCCCCUACCCUGUACCAAAAUGGAGCGUGGUUUGUUAUUGGGAAGAAAACUGUCCAUGAUUUUGUCCUUAUUUGUAAGAAGCAGUUUAUUAAGUUUUUUAUCAAGCAAAGAAACCAACUUCAGCAGAUCUCGGUGGAUGGCACAAGUGAGGUGGCAGUGCAGGUUCGUGAGUUUGUGGAGGCAACUUUGCAAACUUUGUCUCGUGAUCUCUAUAAAGGUGGAUUGCAGUAUCAUAUUCGGGUCGCCUGUCCGUAUUGUCAGCGGGAAAAGUGUUCAAGGCAUGAUCAGAUGGCAUGUUCUCAUGAUGAUUGUCUUCAUCUCCUUGAGUUAAGACAAGGUGAUCCUAUGAUUUGCAAAAAGAAACCUGUUGAGGAGGUACUCACAGUUACAGGACAGGAAAAGUGGUUCUCACAAAUAGAAAGUAAGGUAGGUAGCAGUAAAAUGCCAUCUCUAGCAGUGCUCUUAGCAUAUUACAUAUAGCAAGCGAAUACACAUACUACUAAUAAAAACUUAUGUCCUUAAAAGGUAGCCAUCUAUUUAAACUAAAAAGGUUUCAACAAAAUCUAUAUGCAUGUACUUUGUUAGGUUAUUGUAUGAUGUACAACGUAUGUCUUGAUUUAUACUAUCAUGAGCUUCUCUGCAGUGUAAGAGAAGGCUUUUUUGCAUUCAACUUAGCGAAGAUUGGUAAUUGACCUUAUCCACUUACGUGAUAUUAAGUGGCUACCAUGUAUUACUAAUUAAUGUUGGCCUGUAGGCAUAGCAGUGGGUCGCAGUCUUUUUCAAUGUGCUGAACAGUUUUGUUUUAUUGUUGAGCGAUAACUUUAUAGCAUCUAACGUGUUGAUAACAUGUUUUGCAAACUUUCAUUCCACAAGGUAGAAACCCCCAGAUGUAAAAUUUAAUUUAAAAUAUGCAAUUUUGGUUGCCAUUCAGGAGGAGUGUACUCCAUCAUCUUCACCUGAUACUGCACAAGCUCGUCCAGAGCGUCUGGUACUGAAAGUUACCCUUCUCGCGAAUGAGUGGGGGUCGUCCAAGGGUGGCUUGUCAACAAUAAACAGAACUCUUGCCAUACAUUUGGCAAAAGACGCAAACGUAGAAGUCACCAUUCUUGUACCUGAAUUUGAGUGUGGCGAAGAGGACAAGAGAGCUGCCAAAAUUCACAACAUUUCUAUCCGGGAAGCAGGGCGUCUUCCUGCCUUCAGUGAUCCUCUUGACUGGUUGAGUUUUCCACCAGAUGACCUUGACAUUCAGGUUGUGAUCGGCCACGGAGCAAAGCUUGGCAGACAAGCACAAAUUAUCAGAAAGUCUCAUCAAUGCAAGUGGUUGCAGGUUGUUCACACCGAGCCUGAAGAGCUGGCGAUGCAUAAGAACUAUCCAAGCGCCAUUGCCAAGGGAGAAGCGAAGAACAGAGCUGAAGUUGAGCUUUGUCAAAUUGCAGAUCUUGUUGUAGCCGUUGGACCAAAGUUAAAAGAAGCGAUCACGUGCAAGUUGCGCUCAUCUCAUCGAGAUGUCUUUCAAUUUAUACCAGGUUCCUUCGCAGAGUUUUCAGAUAUUGGACAUGCUGCACAAGAUGGUGUAAAUUUCAGAGUAUUGACCUUUGGUCGCGGUGAUUUGGAAGACUUUAGUCUUAAAGGAUACGACAUCGCCGCUAAAUCGAUAGUGGAAUUGAAGGACAGUUCUUAUAGUCUUGUUUUCGUUGGUGCAACCGAUGGAAAGCAGGAUGAAGUCGCAAAAAUCUUACUCCAGACUGGCAUUUCAAAGAACCAGCUGAUUGUGAGAUCAUUUGUGAAAGACAAACAAAGAUUGAGAGAGUUGUUUUGUGAAGUCGAUCUGGCCAUCAUGCCAUCAAGAACUGAGGGGUUUGGUUUGACAGCAGUGGAGGCCAUGUCAGCUGGUCUUCCCAUUCUGGUUAGUGGAAACUCCGGAUUUGGAAAAGCACUGCGUGGUUUUCCAAUGGGUGAGUCAUUUGUGAUCGACUCUGAUGACCCCAAGGAAUGGGCAAAGGCAAUUGCAGCCAUCCGUCAAAAAACAAGGACACAGCGGCUUGAGGAAAGCCAAAGUCUGCGAAGAAGUUAUGAUGAAAGAUUCAGUUGGGAGAGACAGUGCCAGGCUCUUGUUGACAGAAUGUGGAAGAUGGUGUAUGGUAAGAAAUCAAAUUUACCGAUAGGAAAGUAACAGUAAUAAUUAGUACUUGAAAAUGUUAAAAUGCAUAUCUUAUUAGGAUUACCCUUCAUUUGACCUUCAUCGUUCAUCGCUGUAUGUCCAUUGCUUCAGCAAUAGCGAGUGCAUAAAUAGGUCUUAAUACAUUUGUUACUGAUGAGGAGAAUUUGUUUAACAAUUCAAUUCCACUCUUUCAAACUUUUAUGUAUAAUUUUACAAAAUGUUGGCUACACUUGAAGGAGUUAACGAUAAAAGAAAAUUAAAAUCUAUAACAUUGCGAUACAUCAAAGUCAUCUGAUUUCUAUUCAUAUGCAGCAGUAAUGGUGGUGUUCUCUUGUAUAUAAAAAGAAAAUAACAAAAAAAGCCCAGCCAAACUUUUGACUUAUAACUUAUAACAAAAAAUGAAUGGAGGGCUUUUAAGGUUGGAAUCUUCCUUUUUUAAGAGUGACAUUUUUUUGUUAUAAUCUACACUUUUUUUUAAUUUACAGGUCUUGAAAAAACCAAAGAAGGUGACGUUCCACCGAACGACUGUGAAAAAGUUGCUGCAACAGGACCGAUGGCAGGUAAUGUAAUUGUUUGCUUUGUCAAUUAAAGCAAAGACAAAAUUUAUUUUGCAGUAUAGUGCGGUUAUUUUCUUCUGUUGAGCAAGAGUGCUUUCGAUUAUUCGAAAGCACUUAGUGUAGCAUCUCCGAGUAAACUGACGUAAAAUAACUGUUUCCCUCUCCCGCUCACAGGCCAAACCAUUUAAAUUCACUGCUAAUUUUAAACUUUAUAGGUGUUGAAAAAACCCAAGAAGAUGACGUUCCACAAAAUGGUUUUGAAAAAGAUGCUGCAACAGGGCCGAUGGCAGGUGAUGUCAUUGUUUGCUUUACCAAUUAAACCAAAGCCAAAAGAUAUUAUUAUUAGCUUUUUAGGAAUUUUUGAUCUAUAACUUAAUGUUAAGCACUUUUGAAUAUUUUAUAGUUCUAGCACUAUACAAAUUCUUUCUCAUUAUCAUUAUCAUUAUCAUCAUCUCCUAUAAAACUGGCGUGAAAUAACCUCUAUCUUAUUUUGUCUUUUUCGUCUUCCGCUUUCAGGUGAACUUAUUUUCCGUACACUUCAACAAAUCCUGCUGGAAGCACGCACAGAGUCCAGCAAAACUGAGCUUUCGCAAGCUUUAAAGAGGACUGCUUUGGAAAAAGGGUUUGCGAUAUCUGACAAUCAAGGAGAGGGGAACUGCAUGUUUUUUGCACUUUCAGAGCAGCUUGACCUUAUCAAAGGAAUUCAAAUGUCCCAUGAUGAGUUACGCCGAACUGUUGUACAACACCUUCGGGAAAACCCCAGGCUGGUAAGUAUCUUUAUUACCCUAUUAGGGUGCACACAUUUGUAGUAUACGAGCAUAGCCACAUGGCAUUUGCCCGCUACAUUGUUUUAAUUCCUCUUUAAGUUAAAAACAAUAAGGCCCUGUCCACACGUAUCCGAAAUACGCGUCCACACGAAGCGUAUUUGAAUCUUUUUCGCCCAUCCACAUAAAAACGCUAAAAUGAUUGAAAUACGAUAGCAUCCCUUUACAGAGCAUACGCAAUGUUGUAUUCUAAAUCCUCUGUAUUCGUCCAUCCGCACGUCAGUAGUUAUCUAGGGAUGAAGAUAAGCCUCAUUGGUGGAUAGGUAAGGAUAGUUUAGGGAUAGGUAAAUCAUUGAUGUGGAUAAGUGCCUAGUCUAUGACGUCACCUCGGAAAGAAGUGCCUUCCUCCAUACUAAUUAAGUGCCUAGUCAGUGUCUUCCUGCAUACUAAUAGAGUACUAAAGUGUGACGUCACGCUGUCAUGACAACCAUUUUUCUGGGUCUAAACAAAACCAGGCUGCAAUACGGACGCCAUUGUUAAUUGCGGUUUCGUAUUGUUCGCUAAAUAAUCUCGACAUGAAGGACUUUCUAUUCCAAAGAAUGAAAAAAACAAUGGUUUAUGGACUCCACUGUUGUGCUCGAUGCAAACGUUUGAAGCUGUACGUGCGAUUUUAUGGAGAAAUUUAUCUGUGAGUAGGUGGUCGAUCCCCACAGUGAAAGGCCACAAAGGUCACGAACAUGCAUUGCUUUGCUCCGGAAUGUAACCAUAAUUCGGAAUCGCAUACUUGCCGUUUCUUUCUGUUUCCAAAUCCAGAUAAGGACAAGGAAGAAUAUGACCGAUGGGUUCGCUUACUAAGGUAGGCUGAAUGUUUGCUGUUUUUGUAUGGUUUUUCACCAUCGUGCAAUUUGGGUGCAAGUUUGUUUACAAUGAUAACGGUGAUAAAGAAAUACUUGAGCUUUGUAAAUGAAUGGCGAGAAGUGUAAGGCACAAGUAGUAUUCCGAUAGUUUAAGCUAAAAUUUUGGCGUUGUUUAAACCUCUUAAUGUUAAUCUGAAGGGUAAUGUUCUAUAUCAGGAGAGCUGACAGAAAGCCAAGCAAGCAUUCCAAAGUGUGCAGCUGUCAUUUCAGACGUGGAAAGAAAUCUGCAGGGCCGGAAAUUUUCAAGUGGAAUGCUGAUAAACUAUUCCCGUCACAAAAAACUCCUCCGAAAAAGAAAAAGAAACCCAAAUCAUUGGUUAAUAAGUUACCGACUGUUAAAGAUACCAUGGCCAUCAUUAAUGCCAAAUCUACAGAGUCUUCAGAUACAUGGGACGAAAGAUCCUCAACUCCAACUGAGCAAAUAAUCUUAGAGGCAGAAUUAAACGUAGCGAAGCAGGAGCUGAACUAUCACAAGGACACCAUGCAGUAUCAGAAAAAACAUUACUCUGUUUCAAACUUGAGUUCUGAAGUAAUCAGAAUGGAAACUGGUUUACCAACAAAGGAGAUUUUCACAAUUGUAGUGGAUUAUACAGCUAAAUUCAAGGACUCCAUUUCUUAUUACUGUGGAUGGAAAGUCGAGUCCAUAACCUUUGAGGACCAAAUCUUCAUAACACUUAUGAAAUUACGGCAAAACUACACCAAUUUACACCUGGCACAGCUAUUUUCAUGCAGUGUUGGGACAAUUUCUAACAUAGUUAUAACAUUUGUACACAUCUUACAUACACUGCUGUUUGAUGAUCUGAUGAGAGUGAUUCCUUCCAGGAACAAGAACUGCUUGUGUUCGCCAUCAUCCUUUUCAGAGUUCUCGAGUUGCAGAAUUAUUAUUGAUUGUACUGACAUUGAAGUGGCCACACCAAGCCUUAUGAGUCAACAAAAUGUGACCUAUUCAAGUUACCGUGGGAUGAACUCAUUCAAAGUUUUGACAGGGGUUGCACCUAAUGGAGUGUUGACCUACAUUAGCAACCUCUACCCUGGAUCCAUCUCUGACAAAGAGAUUGUCCAGCAAUCUGGUUUUCUACAGCACUUUGUUCCUGGUGAUCUGAUCUUAGCAGACAAAGGAUUUCUCAUUCAAGACAUUGUUCCUAAGGGUGUGUCUGUGAACAUUCCACCAUUUCUUGAACACGGUAAAUUUACUGAAAGUGAGGCCAAGUUAACCAAGUCAACUGCUAGAUGUCGCAUACAUGUUGAAAGGGCAAAUGCAAGGCUCAAAGAUUUUAAAAUUCUGAGUUUUGUCCCUCCAUACUUAAGGUCUCACAUUGACAAAGUGUUUCAGUUAUGUGCAGCUAUUGUCAACUUGCAGUUUCCUUUAAUUAAAGAGGGGUGUGAGGGAACAGACUUUGACUAGGAAAUUUAAUGUACAUUGCCAGUUGAGUGGAUACAUAAGUGAUAUUCUCAAAAGCAAUAUUGUACAGUUGGGUGUACUUUUUAUUGUUCUUUAGUCAUCAUAUUCCUUAAGAUCUUGUCACUAGGCUUUUGUUAUGGUACUUGUUUAAGUUCAGGAUGCCUGCAGAGGAAGUGAAGCAAUUCGAAUGAUUUAAUAUUUCCUUCUUAAUGCUGUAUAUGCAUUCAUGUUUCAUAACAUCAAAAUAAAUUUUUAUGAUUCAUGAUACACGUACUACUGCACAUUCUCUUGCUAAUACUUUAAGAAAAUGUAUAAUAUCAGUCUGCUCAGUCUGCAGGAUUUGUAUGUGUAUUUGUACAUUAAUUUUUGGACUUAGAGGGUUAACAGUCAUGUGUUUGAUUGGGUAGUGUUUCUAUAACUUAUGAGAAACUUAAAGUUGGUCACUCUUAGGAGUUAAAGGAUUGAAUGAAACAGACUCAGUCAUAACAAGUUUUCAAAGAGAAACUUAUUUUAAUGUUUGUCACAAACUAAGGAACUAUAAACAAUAAAAUUAACAGGUUACAUUUCAUACAUUAUUAUUUAGGAAUAAAAAUACUGUGAAAUUGAAAAUUUUCCGAACAACGACAAGUUUGAAAGGUGGACAGCCCAUAUCAUGUAUAGCCCUGUACACAACAUACACAUUGUGUUUCAGUCAUACAAGAAGUGCCCUAUAAUGGAAAAAUAAUAAUAAAAAAAAGAAUUGAAAGUUUUAGAGUUCUCCCUCAAUAAUUUUUGGGAAAAGGUGUUUCAAAUAAAAUUCUUUCAGUUCUUCAAUCUUAAUCUCCCAAGAGUCAUCCCGCUGAAUUUCAAGAACUACAAAAUCUUUCAGCGUCCAGACGACAAAGUAACACUUCUUUCUCUUGGUGAGAAAUAAGUGGCCCUGGACUUGGUGCCAGUAAACAUGGUCACGUUUCAACACAAUUUCCCCAUCCUUCUUUUCAAGGUAAAAGUUGCUGGUCUUAAUGGCUUCCUCAAUAGUCAAAUCUCGGUGUGUAUAGGGGCACUUAGCCUCUAGAACACUAUCUUCUCCAACCAAUCCAUCAGGAGAGGCACCGAGGACUCCAGAAUGGUGUAGCCACACACCUGUUUCCACCACAUCCAGGCCAGUCUUGAGCCUGAAUGCGUUAAUGGCUUCAGAUUCAUUGCAUACCCCAUACUGGACAGCUUUCACCCUUGAUAGAUCGCAUUCACCGAGAAGGCGUUUGAUUAAGGACGGGGUAACACGCUUGGCAUUUAAAACUGAACCAAAGUUACUUGCUGUCAGUCGACCCCUCCUGAUCAUUUGCCAAGAAGGAUUGUCCCUUUGUCCAGCAGUAAGGCGGCUUACAUCUUCAAUAGUUCUCCAUUCAACACUGACUUUAUUCAGAAAAUACUGACGUUGUUCUUGGAGGCCUUGCAACAGUAGAAAUUCCUCUUGGAAAAUAACAUCCUCUACUGUAGCAACUGGCAAGGACUUAGACUGAGGUUGUGGUUCAGGGCUCAUGAGCCAAUAAAGUGCAGUAAAUUUACCAUAGUUUUUCAGCCUUUGGAAAAGUUCACUACGUUCUUCACGAGUUGGGUCUCUUAAAAGAGCACGGUAUGCAGGUUUUGCAGGAGGAAACAUUUCUUGCACUGACGGUAGCAACGAGUUUGUGGCUUUUCGCUUUUUCCACUGGCAUUCAAUGUCUGUUCUACUGAGGUUGUAUAGGCCAUGUAUAAACAAAGCGGCAGCAUGACUACACCUAAACAUCCCUCGCGGACACUCACAAUCCGUUGAUUUAAUGUUCUUCUCUUCGUCUAAAUAAAUCUAAAAUCAAGGAGAAAACUGGUAUUAUUUGGGGAACUGUAAGGCGUUUGUAAGUUUUCAUAUAUUAAAGCUUAAUUCAUGAUGGGGAACGUGGUGAAAUUACCUUUCAACAUAAAAAACAGAGCGAGGUACCGUCGGUUGCGUUUAGGCCUCCAAAUCGUGGAUUAAGCUUUCUUUUAAAUAUUUGUAUUAGAUAAAAUAACGAUCAACAUGACUGAGUGAAGCCACAAAAUGCAUAAAAGCCAUUUGGUUGAUAGAAUCGACAAGAAUGAACAUGGUUGAAAGUAUCGAUCACUUACCGUCACUUUAUACACUUUUUUCUUCAUGCUAGCGUGAACUUCUCCACGAAUGACACCAUCACUGAAGGAAAAACUUUCUAUGUGAUUAGACUGAUAAUGAUUUUCACCUCUUGUUAAGGACUUCUGCUCAUCAGAGAAAAAGGAAGCCAGCGAUGAUAUCGAAAGUGCCGCCAUGACUUACUCCAUCCGUUUUGUUUAGACCCAGAUUUUUCCGUUGCCACGCAACGUGACGUCAUGGCUUUAGUACUCUAUUCGGGAUAGGUUUACUAAUGAGCGUCACUCUACUACAAUAGGAACAAUAGGCUUGCCUAGACUUGCCCGGUAAGUAAGUUGAGCCCGGUUUUCGGACCGUCUAUUAAAAGAAAAAUAGGAAUAAGAAAAGCGAUCACCUAGCGACGCGACAAACGGCUUCCUAUAUCUUAUUUAGCGCUAAAACUCGGAUAUAUAUAAACAAAACAUACACAAAUUGGAGCUGUAAACUCUUUAUUUCAAGUUUGUCUGACUAUUACAGAACCGUUUUCUCCUUUCUAUCUCGAGGAAAAGAAAGACUAUUGAAGUCUUGUCAUUUUCACGCGCGGUUAAUCAGUUAAUUAUGCGAGUUCACAAGCCCAAAGUUGAAUACAAAUUAGCUCUACAGCUAGACCCCAGGGAGCAACCUUGACGUAUUAUUAUAAAAUAAAUAACUUAACAAGCAUCAAUUAAAACACGCGACUCAUAAUUGCUAGCAAUAAAAAGACAAGAGAGAUAUCGUUUUAAAAGAAUUUAUUAAAAAACAAUGACAAAAAGAGUCAAAUACACAGGAAUGGAAAUUAAUUAAUCUUCAUCUUCGCCCAUGGAGUACUUGUAAGGUUUGAAUUUCUUAUUUCUUAUUCUUAUACGUUUCUUCAGCUGGUUGCCAUGAGAUUUAUGAUCAUCCAAAUAAUUUAGAAAUUGAAUCCGACGCCUUUUGCGCUUCGGUCCUUGUUGUGAUGGGGUUUCUACUGUGGGAGGAGGGGUCAGGAAAGCAGAAUUUAAGGGUGGUGGAGGGGUGAGGCUUUCUUUGUCAGCUUUUUGAGAGAUAGCUGCUUGUGUUAAUUAAGGUGUUACAUUAAAGGGGUUGAGGGGAGUCGAGAAUGCUGUCGUUGCUGUCGAAGAAUCUUGUGUCCUUGAUGUUAAGUCUGGAACAGUACUGAUUAUUUCUUCCGGUCGUGUUCUUGUAUUUAAUUGUUCUUUAAAAGCCAGGUAUCUGUUUUGCAACUGAACGUAUCGCUUAGCUUUUUGAUCGUCCCGAAGAUCGUUUCGAGAAAGCACGUCAUCCAUGUUGUCCUGUAUUUCUUGCAUAGCUGGAAGAAGUGGGACAGGCGAAAGAGUUUGCUGCUUCAGAUAUUUUAGGAGCUCUUGAGGAAUAUUUUCUUGAAACCUUGCUUGGUUAAAGCCUUCUUCACUGGGCAGGACGUUUGUUCGCAACCGACAAUUAUCUUGGUUAGUAGUUUUCAGAUCAAUAAGAAGAUAACCAAAAGGUCUUUUUACAGCCUCUUCGUACUGAUUUAAAAAGAAAUCAGUCUGCCCGGGAUACAUUUGCUUCGCCAGAGUCAGGAUUUGCAAUUUGUCUCGUGGAUUCUUGAAUAACACCAGAUAAUGGCUGUUUAAGCUUACGCUGCGGCUACCUUUCCCCUGUUGAAAUAGAUUCUGCACGAUAUAAAUCACGCUCAUAUUGCGAUGAUGAGAACCACGAGUAAAAAGGUUCACAAUUCGCUUGUCCUUACUGGCGUCAAUCAUCUGAUCAUCAAACACGAUCAAAUUCCGUUUGUUCACAUCAAAAUAGGAAUUUUGCUCCAAAGCCGUAGGAAUUCCCUUGACGAAUUCAAUGUUUGGCAUGGCGACUAACAUUUGUGUUUACGCAGGCUGCCAUUGUGAAUAACACCAAACGAUCCUCUCCGGGGGAGGGUAAAUGGUCUCUGAAGCUUGUUGCAAUAGCGAUCGAACCCAGGCCGUUUUUCCGGACCCGGUCAUUCCGGCAAUCAUGGAGGUGAAAGGAUGCUCGAAGCGAAACCCCUGACAUUUCUGUGAAAAUAUUGGAACUGUUUGAAAUGGGGUGAGACCAGCAUUGCGGUGUUUAGACUUCACGUGCCUUUGCAUAUUAUCUUUUCUACUAAAGGGUUUUUCGCAGACAGAACAGAGCCAACUCAUGUCAACUCCUCAGGAGCAAAAUGUAGACUGAGAAAGAGGUAGAAUGUUGCGCAUUUAUAUAGGUUUUCAGGCCACAAAAUUAUAUUGUGUUCCUUCCCCAAAACCGCCACUACCACCACCACCACCACAUAUCUAUUGUUUUCUUUCCUCCUCCUCCUCCUCAUCCUCAUUUCUAUUGUUUUCCUCCUCCUCCUCCUCAUUUCUAUUGUUUUCCCUCCUCCUCUCCCUCCUCAUUUCUAUUGUUUUUCCUCCUCCUCAUUACAUAACAUGAAAGAGGGCUUUCUUCGGUGUCACGAUUGCGGAGCAGUUUCACACAAAAACGCGAAGACGUUGGAAACCAAUUUCUAUUCCCCUUCUACAGAGGAGAGCGAAGAAGAGGAUUAAUUAAUUUCCAUUCCUGUGUAUUUGACUCUUUUUGUCAUUGUUUUUUAAUAAAUUCUUUUAAAACGAUAUCUCUCUUGUCUUUUUAUUGCUAGCAAUUAUGAGUCGCGUGUUUUAAUUGAUGCUUGUUAAGUUAUUUGUUUUAUAAUAAUACGUCAAGGUUGCUCCCUGGGGUCUAGCUGUAGAGCUAAUUUGUAUUCAACUUUGGGCUUGUGAACUCGCAUAAUUAACUGAUUAACCGCGCGUGAAAAUGACAAGACUUCAAUAGUUUUUCUUUUCCUCGAGAUAGAAAGGAGAAAACGGUUCUGUAAUAGUCAGACAAACUUGAAAUAAAGAGUUUACAGCUCCAAUUUGUGUAUGUUUUGUUUAUAUAUAUCCGAGUUUUAGCGCUAAAUAAGAUAUAGGAAGCCGUUUCUCGCGUUGCUAGGUGAUCGCUUCUCUUUUCCUAUUUUUCUUUUAAUAGACGGUCCGAAAACCGGGCUCAAGUUACUUACAGGGCAAGUCUAGGCAAGCCUAUUGUUCCUAUUGUAGUAGAGUGACGCUCAUAAGUAAACCUAUCCCGAAUUAGUAUGCAGGAAGACACUGACUAGGCACUUAAUUAGUAUGGAGGAAGGCACUUCUUUCCGAGGUGACGUCAUAGACUAGGCACUUAUCCACGUCAAUGAUUUACCUAUCCCUAAACUAUCCUUACCUAUCCACCAAUGAGGCUUAUCUUCAUCCAUAGUAUACUACUCACGUCGGUUUCUAAAAUCUCCACUCUUUGGACCAUUUGUGAAAACCUGCGUCUUCGGCGCCCGAAAAUGCCGAUCACGUGUGGCAGAAGGCUAAAAUGGACAAACAAACCUCCGAUUUAAAAAAAAUAUAUAUCUGGAUACGUGUGGACGUGGCCUCAAAUUCCUGCCAUUGAAUGUGACGCCUUUACGGGUAUGCUGCAAAUGAAUCCACCCUUUAUGAUCAAAACAUCAGCUCUGCAUAAGCAUCACGCUUGUUUGUACUUUGCUUCGUCGUUCACUGCACGACUGCGACGCAAAACGUCCGUAUGCGACGUUUUGUGUAGGGCACCGAACCCCCCGCAGUUGUUUUCGGGCUGGGAUACAGUCAUUAAGAACUCAAAUCUAAGAAAAUUCGUCGACUUAUGUUAAAUUAAGCAUGGCUAAAUAAGCGCGAUAAAGUUUGAGAGAACGCACAUUCUUUUCCCAAGUUACUUUUUGUGUCGGAGGCAUAAAUAGAUACGGAGAAAUUUUUUUAUCUGUUUUUGUCGGCUCGAUCGUCAUGCUCAUGUCCUAUUUUAUUAUUUAACUGUACGGUAUAUUGCUAAACUUGAAAUGCCGACCAACACCAGUUUUGUGUGAACAGGAUAUGACUACAUACUGGUUUAAAAGUCACAAUUUCGAAAGUCACAUUAUUUUAACAGUAAACAUCCCUUCCUUCCUCUCUCUCUCUUACACGUGUAACGGACACCUCCCUAAAACCUCCUAAACCUACUCCACCUCCACCUCCCUAAACGUGUUGGUCCCUGCCGCUCUUAACUGUUGUUUUUUUGACAUUUUUAAGGAGAGUAAUAUAGCUGACACAGGUUAGACCGCUUUUUGUAGUCGAAUCUUAUUACUGUGAAAGAAGUGGAAUAAAUUAACGUCGAUGACAUGACAUCUUUAUCUCAGCAAUAAAAUGCGGUGGAAUCUCAUCAAGAUAACGUCACGAGCUAUUUUUAUGUAGUAUUUAGUUUGUCCAAUUAUUCUUAUAUUGAUGAUGUAACAUUUUAAGAUCUUGUCCUUAUUUUGUGGGAAUGAUGCCGUAGAUCAUUCUAAAUUAUGUGCGUCAUGUUUUUAUUUGGUCAGGAAGACACCUCUAAACCAUGACGCCUUCAUUGUCUCUUGCAGACAACUUAAUCUGUCUUCACACUAUACCGUAUAGUUUUUUCGCGGGCACGAGAAUCAUACCGGAUGGGGUUCCAGUUCGCACAUAAGAACGGUGAUUUCGGCGCGAUUUCUGUUAAACGGAGAGAAGCUGUGCCUCGCCGAUCUCUUAAGUGAAGAGUCACAUAUCGGAUAGAUGUUUACACUAUACCGGAUGGCUUUUCGUGUCGUCACCAAAGCUUAUCUGGUAUAGUAUGAUCAUAGCUUUAUUGUUCUGGUUCCAGUUCACUGAUUCUUGGCGCGCAAAGGAGAUAAAGACGUUAUCGACGUUAAUUUAUUUCACUUUAAAAAAGACGUCUACCUGGCUAGUCCUAUACUACUAAGGUGGAGAAAUCUUUGCUUUAAUACGUUAGUAGGGAUACUCCUAAAACAAUGUACACUAUACUAGUGCUGAUACCAGCGGGGUCAGCUUUAGAGAGAACAGACAGCGCGGCUGUCUAAAUAAAAUACCUUCUACAAAAGCACUCUACCUUUUUCUCUAUUAACUACAGUAUUUUCUUUCUUUCUUACAGCCAGAUGGGACAGAACUGUUUCAUUUUGUUGAUGGAUAUCCAUCCUGGGAUGCCUACCUCACAAGUAUGAUGGCAGAUGGUAUAUGGGGUGAUCACGUGAUUCUACACGGCGCGGCAAACUGUUUUGAAACGUGCAUCCACGUGAUCAGCAGUCUUCUGCAUCGCCAUGACGUAAUGAUCUGCCCAGAGUUUGAUGUUACUGGUAGCAACCGGCUUGUGCUGGGUCACGUGUACGAGCUUCACUAUGUUAGCCUUAUUCCACAGAAAGGAGGUAAAGAUGACUGA